AUGUCGUCGUCGAAGCGCGUCACCGGGAAGAUGAGGAUUGCUGAAGAACACAACUUUUUGAUCUUUGAAGACCGCAAAUUUGCUGACAUUGGAAACACAGUAACUAUGCAAUAUGAAGGAGGAAUUUUCCGCAUAUCAGACUGGGCCGAUAUUGUUAAUGCACAUGUAGUUCCUGGACCUGGGAUUGUAGAUGGCUUGAAGUUGAAGGGUUUGCCAAAAGGAAGAGGGCUACUUCUGCUUGCUGAAAUGAGCUCAGCUGGUAACCUUGCUCAGGGAGAUUACACUGCAGCAGCUGUAAAGUUUGCUGAGCAACAUUCCGAUUUUGUAAUGGGAUUUAUAUCAGUAAAUCCCGCAUCUUGGUUAGUGACACCAUCAAGUCCAGCGUUUAUCCAUGCCACUCCUGGAGUUCAGACUGUUGCUGGAGGAGAUUCCCUUGGUCAACAGUACAACACUCCUUGUUCGGUCAUAAACGAGAGAGGCAGCGAUAUAAUCAUAGUCGGGCGUGGGAUCAUAAAGGCGAGCAAUCCUGCCGAGGCCGCAAGGGAGUACCGCAUUCAGGGAUGGCAGGCCUACCAGACGAGCUUGUCAUGA